AUGUCCUGCAGGUCUGCAGCCACCCCUUUGACCCGGUUGACCCGUAAAAAAUCAUUGGGUUUCGAUUCGGGGGCGACUUCUUAUGUUACACCGACACAGUUAGUUUUUAAGUCAGUCGCUAUUAAGUUUUGUCCGGAACAUCUAGCACACGGGAAUAAAAGCGACUUCAACCCGUGCAUCGCAAAAGCGGUAGAAAAUGCUAUAAGUCAACUGAAUCACGCAAUACCGUCAGUUGGUUUGAUUGGUUUGGAACCUCUGGAAAUUCCCUUCAUGUCCAUAGCACCAGGAGGUGGCCCAGCAAGUUUUAGCCACAAUUACACCAACCUGAAACUAUCCGGACUCACUCAAGGAAAAGUAUCGAAAUUUGAUGUUGAUUUUGAUAAGAAAAAUAUAUGUUUUGUCUUUACGGUACCUCAUUUGAGACUAGACUUUAUGUAUGAUGCCACAGGCAAGAUUUUGGUUUUGCCUAUCGACGGGCACGGACCUGGUGUUAUAGAUCUUAGUGACUUGUUACUCAGCUUCACGUUCGAUUUGGAAGAAUACGAGAAAAAUGGCAAAAAAUAUUAUAAAAUUAUCGGAAGUCGACUGACUUUGGAACCAAAGUUGAUUCACUAUAAACUCGAUAAUCUAUUCAACGGGGACGAGAGGUUGGGGAAGCAGAUCAACGACGUGUAUUUUAGUGUGUGGAAGGGGAAGCCUUAA